UCUUCUACUACAUCUACACCCAUCAAUUGUUCCUUUUCGGACACACAUUAAGUGGAGCUCAUAUGGUUCUCCGGGACAGACACCGCUACUGUAACGCUGUCUCGUCGAUGUCGACGCUGCCAUCGACAUUCUCCUCGUCCCUCCUCGAGGCCAUCUGCAGCUCCAUCGACGAAAACGAGCAAGAUUUCGCUCCUCGAAGGCGAAACGACGCUGAAAUCGACAUCCACAACCUUCGCCGCGCCAUCAUGGUGGAGACAUGGAUGGAAAGUUACGGCGAGAGGCGAUUGCCCGUAUUACGCUCUUCCUCGUCGAUCUCGAUGCCGCCGAAUGAGGCCGUCGGGGACGAGAAGAAACAGCCUGUCUCGCCGUGUGGCAAGAUAGCGCGCUUCUUGUACGGUAUAUUCAAUCCGAGAAAUGCGGGAAAGAACGACGGCAUGCGAGGAUGGGGGUCGAUCAAGAAAUCCAGAUCUAUGAAGGAUACGACCACGACGACGAUCGCAAGGGGAUCUUGCUUGAUCAAGAACCAUUCGACUAAAACGAGUAGAAAAUCGAAGAGAAGCGUUAAAUUUUGCACGGUCGAUGAGAAAAUUCAUAGUGGCGGAGAUGUGUGGUCAGGUAUCGGUAGCCGGUUUAUAAAGGCGAACAUCGAUGAUCUUCAAAUUUACGAUGAUGAAAGCAAGAGUGUAGAGAAGCUCAGUUGGUCAGAGAGUGGCGUGGAUGAUGUGAGUUGUUCGAGCUCCUCCGAUCUUUUUGAGCUCGGCAACAUCGGGCAUUUUGGUGUUGGAGCGUACGGAGAGGAUUCCCCGAUGUAUCAACGGAUGUUGAAGUGAAAUUAUCGAAAAAAAAUAGAUUUAUGUGAAGUUUUAGCUAUAAAAAACAGCUAUUGAUGUUGUAGUUGAUUUCUUUCAUCAACACUAUGGUGUUUCUAUUGAUGUUCUUGAAUUGUACUAUGAUUUAUAUAUGAUAUUAUAUUCAACACUUAUUUUUUAGGGUGUA